UUCGAGAGAAAGUUCCCAAAAUCUUCAUCUCUUUCUUUCUCUCGCUGUCCCGCUCUCUCUCUAGCUCGGGAAUCUUGGAGUGAUCAAAAGCUUACUGCAGAUUGCACUAUAUGCAGAAGUGACUAAAGGCUAAGCUUGUGCUAAAGUUCAAGAUCGUGGAGCAUGAAUCAACACUUGUGGCAACACUCAAAAAGAGUUUUAUCUUUGUCACAUGUUAUGGACUCACACAUUCAACUCAAAAGACAUGUUUAUUAGACAGACAAAAGUCCUCACACCAAAACUUAUCUCUUCUCUAACUAAUGUAAGAUUUGUGACAUUCUAUCCUACCUAAGUAUACAUCACCCUCUUUGCACUGGUUCUUCCACCUGUAAAGGAGAGGACCCACCUUAAUCCAGGCCCUUAAUAUGUCUUAUGUGAGGUCUUACAUCAAUAAAGGAGUGGGUAGACUCUAAUAUCACUUGUCACACAAAGAGACUCACUUUAGUUGAAGCUUAUCUUGACCCUGAUAUCUCUUUUGGAAGAUCUUACAUCAAUAAAGGGUUUUUUUUUUUUUGGAAUGGUGAAUUUUAAUUAAUGAAGGAAACUGCUAAUAAAUAGCAGUCUCUCAAAAGAAAAACACGAUACCUAAGAACAAAACAAGAAGAAAAAGCUACAAACACAAACACUAGAAUAAAAGAAAAAAUAUAGCAACAACAAAAUCAAAAAAAAGCAAAAGCCAUAAGAGAUAGGAACAGAAGGGUCAAAGCAAAAGGAACAGAUCAAAAAACAGAACCAACACCACAGCAACAAAAUGCAAGAAAGAGAGGUUAUUUGAAAAUCUCAACAAGAUCCUCCAGACACUCCACACCAUCUUUAGCAAGAAGAUUGGCAAAAUGAUUUGUAGACCACGGAAUAUGAACAACUAACCAUUAGAAAAGUUUAGACUUCAAAGAGUUGAUCAAGCACAAAAUAUUCCUAAUUCGCCAUGGAGUAUAAGGAGGGUCAUUUGUCUAUUUAACAGCAUGAAGGAAUCAAAUUCCACAAUGAACUCAUGAGAGCUAACCCUAGAGGAAGCAGCGAAGGGAAGCAAGGCCUCCUUUAUAGCGUAAACUUCAAAAAGAUUAGAGUCCAUAGUGCCCAUAGACUUAGAGAAAAGGAUUUUAGUAUCACCAUUGUUGCCUGUCAAAGUGCCCCUAAUUCCAGUAACCCCUAGGUAGCCUCUUGUAGCUCCAUCAACAUUAAAUUUUAUGUUGUCAAGAUAUGGUUUAACCCAAUCAAUCAUGGGUUGCUUUUUUUUUCUGUGUCAAAGGAGCUUUAGCCAAGGCUAUUUCUCUCACAACAUCAAGAACAGAAGAAUUUUCUAGUGGUCACUUAGCCCUAAUCCACCAGCCAAUUCUGAAUUUAAUAGUCUCAAUAUUUUGAAAGAUGUCAAAAGGUUUACCUUUAAAGAUAAGGUCAUUCCUAAAAUGCCAAAUUAUCCACAUGAUGGUGAAGAAAGCCAUACGCCAAAUUGAAUUGCUUUCUUCAUUAGUAAUGACACCAUUCUAAGCAAGAAGAAAACAUCUCAUAUUAUUGGGGAGUACCAAAUUAAGAUCCCAAGAUUCGAUCCAAAAAUUCCAUAAUCUCCAUGAGUCGUAGCAUUGCAAAAAGAGAUGGUCGAUCGUUUCAAUAUCUUUGUUAAGAAUGGCACAUAAGGUAGCAAUACUAUUAAAUAGACCCCUUCUAGCAAGUUUUGCUCAAACAACCAUUUGACCUUUUAAUGCUUGCCAGCAAAGAACUUCCACUUUAUAAGGAGCAAGGUCAGCCCAAAUCAUUUUCCAUAAGUGCUAAUCCGUGCUCAUGAACCCAACAGCAAGUUUACAAAAAGAUUUAACUGAAUAGCCACCAUUGGAUCUAUGUUUCCAUAUAAUCUUAUCAGACAUCUCCUUAUCAAGAAAAAUAUUAUUUAAAAGCUCUAUAAGAAGACUCCAUUGCUUUUUUUUCCCAAUCAAAUAAGUUCCUUCUUAAAGGAAUUUUCAAAUGCCGAACAUCAUCAAUCUAAGAACCAAAAUCAAUCAAGGCACCAUUUUUAUCGGCAGACAAAGCAUAAAUACAAGGGAAGACAACUCUAAGAAUAAUAUUCUCAAUCCAAAUAUCAUUCCCAAAAUUAAUUCAAGUACCUUUGCCUGGCAACAAGCUACUACCAGCUUUAAUCGAAUAAAAAAACUGAGAGGCAUUCCACAAAGGACUAACAAUGUUCUUCCUAGUAAGAGACAUCUUCCUAGGGUGACAAUUCGAAGGAACAAGAGAAUUAAGAUCCGAUCCAUACCUAUCAACAAUGAUGUCUCCAAAAAGAGUCCUUUUCAUCACCAAAAUGCCAAAUCCAUUUAUUGAGAAGUGAUUGAUUUUUAAUAUGUAGAUCCACAAUGUCUAAACCUCCAUUUUUUUCAAGAGCACAAGUGGAUGACCAGUCCACGUACUAAAUUUUUCUGGUUGAGCAAUCACUAGACCAAACAUCAAUAAGGGGUUAGGUUGGUAAGUUUUGCUACUAUUUGUUAUGGCCUCGUACUUCUAACUCAAAAGACAUGUUUCUCAUCUCUUACUGAUAUAAGAUUUAUGAUACUUUUCUAUAUACAUAAAUACGAAAGAUUGGACAAUAAUGGCUUGCUGGUAAACAUGUUGCUAACUUGAUGGCACUACCCAAUUGGAUUUGACGCGGGAGCUUUAAGUAUUAACCACAAAACCAAUAUCAUGCCUUAGAAGAUAAGCCUAAAACGUAGGAUUGGGCCUAGACAUCCGUUCAUUGCCAACCCAAUAAAAGUAGGAUUAGGCCUAACUUGUCAAACUUACACUCUCAAACCCAUUCAAACCUUUUCUUCUGUCUCUUUUUUUGUCGAAGCCAAUUUGAAAGUCCAAAGAAGCCAAUUUCCUUUAUUUCUCAAAUUCUUUAUUGAUCAAAAUUCAACUUUGCAACCUUCCGAGCAAGCCAACUGGAUUCUCCAAAGAAAAGAUGAUGAUAGAUCAUUAUUCGAUAGCUUUAUUUCUGGUGUUUUCAUUUCUUGUUGGAGUCUUGGAUGCUAGUGCUGGUGAUUUUGAUCCACGUUACAGGGCUUGUGUAGCACAAUGUGAGAAAACUGGAUGUGUUGAGGAAAGAUGCUUUGCCCACUGCAAGUUUCCUUCUGACGGGGUUACUAGUGAUGGUCCAUGGUACAUGCAAGAACCACUUUACUUGAAGUGGAAACAAUGGGAUUGCGAAAGUGAUUGUCGUUACAAUUGCAUGAUUAACAGAGAGAAAGAAAGAGAAGCACUUGGCGAUGGACCUGUCAAGUAUCAUGGUAAAUGGCCCUUCAAGCGAGUUUUUGGAAUUCAGGAACCAGCUUCUGUAGCUUUCUCUGCACUCAACCUAGCAAUGCAUUUUCAUGGUUGGCUAUCCUUUUUCAUCCUCCUUUACUACAACUUGCCUUUAAAACAAGAUAAGAAGGCAUACUAUGAGUUCGCAAGCUUGUGGCACAUAUAUGGGCUCUUGGCAAUGAACUCGUGGUUCUGGAGUGCUGUUUUCCAUUGUCGUGAUGUGGAUUUGACAGAAAAGUUAGACUACUCAUCUGCUGUGGCACUGCUCGGGUACUCUCUUCUUCUGGCCAUACUUAGAAGUUUCAACGUGAGAGACGAGGCUGCCAGAGUCAUGGUUGCUGCUCCAUUGCUCGCCUUUACAACUACCCAUAUAUUGUUCCUCAACUUCUAUUCCCUUGACUAUGGGUGGAACAUGAAAGUAUGUGUAGUCAUGGGGGUUGCUCAACUUCUCAUAUGGGCAAUUUGGGCUGGUAUGAAGCACCAUCCUUCUCGCUGGAAGUUGUGGGUGGUGGUCUUUGGAGGUGGCCUAGCUAUGCUUCUAGAGAUUUAUGAUUUCCCUCCUUAUGAAGGAUUCUUUGAUGCCCAUGCUUUAUGGCAUGCCACAACUAUUCCACUUACCUACAUAUGGUGGAGUUUCAUUAGGGACGAUGCCAAGCUUCGAACAUCUGUCCUCCUUAAGAAGGCUAAGUAGCUCCUUGUAAGACUGACUUGUAAACCAUCAUCGUCUUCUAGCACCUUGACCACUCUGUCGUAUUAAUUGGCAGAAGGUUUUCAUAUUUUUUAUUUCUUUUCUUGUUAUUGUUCUUCUUAUGAGCAGAAAUGGAGAUUGCUUAGUUGGGAUUCCUUGUUGGUUGAAACUUGGAAGACCUAUUUUGUCGGAAUUGGAUUCAGAAACCAAUAUUGAAGUUGUAACAGGGGAGUAAUUCAAUUCUUUUGUAAAUUUAACCCAUUAUGCUUGAACAUUUUACUCGCUUUGUUAUCAUGCAUUUAUUUACGAGCAUUUUUGUGGCUGGUCCUGCCAUGCAUAUAUGCACUCCUUGCAGUUUUAAAAAUACAGUUUAUGUAAUUUGUUCCUUCUAGUUCUCAUGGUACUGUUUAGCCAAUUGCUAGUCAUCUUGAAGUAAUGUAUGUAUACCAAGUGUUGAAGAAA